GCGCGCCUCGCUCGGUCGCCGUGUCCGCCGCGUCGCUCCUGUGCUUCGCCGCCCAGUUGUUCAGUGUGCCCUGCAGCUUGGUGUGCUCGGUGUGCUCCACGAGGCGCGUGGCGCUUGGGACUGCUCUGCUCCGCGGCUUGUUGACUUGCAAGGCCACACGAUGGGCGCCAAGGAGAGCAUGUUGAUGGAGCGCAGGCACCCCCAGCGCCAGUCCCUUAACCAAGACCGCCAGCAGGUGGCUGGCGGCGCGGCGGAGUGCGGCUGCAACAAGGCAUACACGCCGGGCGGGGACAUGUGGUGACGGCAGCAGGGGGGAGCAGUCGACGCGAUGGGUAACAAGCUAAGCUGCUCCUGCGCGCCGCUCAUACGGAAGGCGUACCGCUACGAGGACUCACCAUGGCAGGGCGCUCGCCGACGGGACGGCCACCUUCUCAGACUAUGGGCGGAGGUCUUCCACGUGAGUGCCUCUGGGGCGGGGACCGUCAAGUGGCAGCAAGUUUCGGAAGAUCUGGUCCCCGUCAACAUCACGUGCAUCCAAGACCAACCAGAAUGCGUGUUCCACAUAACGGCCUACAACAGCCAGGUCGACAAAAUUCUCGACGUACGGUUAGUGCAGCCAGGCACCCGCAUCGGGCAGGCGUCCGAAUGCUUCGUGUACUGGAAGGACCCGAUGACGAACGACACGUGGGGACUGAACUUCACGUCGCCCAUCGACGCGAAGCAGUUCCGCGAGUGCUGCGUGAGUAUCAGGGGUCCGCGUUGCCGCAGCAUGGCCUCCGCCCCACUGAGUCGCAACGCCAGCGGGUCGGCCCACUCCUCCAACGCGCCGAGCCGCGCACCCAGCCGUGCCCAGAGCACCACACAUUCGCCGUCGUUCAAGUUCUCGAGGAAGGCGUCGUCCUCGUACUCGCUCAAGCUGGAACCGCCGAACAAGCAGAAGGUCAAGGUGAAGCGCAAGCCCGUGUCCACGCCGGCGUCUCCGUCGCGGGCGAGGGAGCCGCAGUGCACGUGCAUGACGCCGGAGCAGUACGCGCGCCUCCGGGCGCAGGACCCUCGCUACAGAGCGUCCUCCACGCUGCCGCGCGCCCAGACGCGCAGCCUGGACGAGGGCACGGGCAGCAAGGUGGCGGCCGCCACGUCGAGCACGUCCCUGUACGACAACAUGGGGGCCAGCACGUCGGGCGCGCAGGGCCACCAGGGCGCCCUCCAAGUCGGGCAGCAGGGCACGCUGCGCGGCCAGGGUGGCCAGGUGGCGGGCCAGCAGGGCGGCCAGACGGCCGGCCAGCAAGGGCAGCCCGUGCCCGCGGCUAGGGCCUCCACCGAGACCACCACCACCGCCCAAGUCGGAGCACAGGCCACCCCUGGCAAGGUCUGCACUGCGACGCAGGCGGGAGAUGGCUUUUCAGUUGAACAGGGCAGCAAAAGCGAGGGAACACAAGUGGGAGAGUCUGAACUCACUUCUGGCAAACCACGACACCACCACAUUCUUCAGGCGACCAAAUCGAUGGACUACCAGGACAGUGCCGACCUGGUUCGAGAAGCGGAGCUGCGGGCGGCUCAGCACAAUAUGGCAUACAACAACAACAAUAAUAACAACAACAAUAUCAACAAUAAUUUCCAGAGUAUGAGGAGGUCGGCUGCUGCCAACAAAAUGAGCAAGAGUACUGACGAUAUGCGGGCCCAAGAAGUGUGCUUAGGGAACCUGGGCGUGGACUCCAACACGCUCAAGAGGAUGCUCAAACCCAUGACGUCCCACGAGAGUCCGGCGACGUCCCCGGAGAUGACGCGCAGGCGCUACAACCACUACAACCACCACAACCACUUCAACAACAACACCAUGGACCCGCGUCGUCCACCGCCUCGCUUCUCGGCGUCAAGGUCCUCGCACGAGAUCGGUCGUGGCGGCUACCCCCAGAACCGCGGCCUGUACCUGGACCUGGAGCGCAACGGUCCCCCCGGCAUGGUGAGCGUGGGCGUGGGUCCGGGCCAGGGCAUGGGCGGAGACAUCUCGCCGCCCUCGGACAACGUCCUGUUCGACAACCAGUGCUACGCCACCACGCCGUCGUCGUCCAACGGCAACUCGGACAUGGAGAACCCCCCGGGAAGCCAAAGCCACAGCGGACCCCGGCGUCCAGGUCACCACAACGGACCCAACGGGGGCGGCAACAAUUCGGGUUCCCCGACGAGUAGGCUGCUGCUGGAGUACGAAAUGCACCUGCGUAACACGUUAGCCAAGGGCAUGGACGCGGAGAGCUACUCGCUGCACACGUUUGAGGCCCUGUUGUCGCAGAGCAUGGAAAACCUGGAAUUCGCCGAAAGUCUGCCUGGGGUCAAUUCCCGCAGUCCGUAUCCCAGCAGAAGACGUAAGCAUCCCUAUGGCCCCGGCUCCGCCGCCAGCAUCAACAAGUGCUCCACCUUGCCGGCACACCUGUCCCACCGCCUGUCCGUGGAGCGGCCCGGCUCGUCCAGGGAGGGCUACUACUCGGACCGCAACGAGCUGGCUCGCGAGCGGGAGCGGGAACGGGAGCGAGAGCGCGGCUACCUCAGCGACCACAACUCGAGCAGCCGCUGCGCGUCCUGCCUGGGCGAGUCGGCCCGCGCGCAGUGGUUCCGCCACUCGGACGGCUGGCGCUCGGGCAGCUCGGCCUACGGCUCGGGGACGUCCUCCACCAUGACGUCGACGCUGGGCCCGCCGCAGCACCACAUGAGCCUGCAGCGCGGCCACCGCCGGUCGCCCUGGGACUCGCUGCCCUCGCUGCGCCACGACUCCAACGACUCGAGCUACAAGGGCAGCUCCUUCGACCAGAGGAGUAUGUUGGACCGGCAAGACUCGCUUCGGUCGGACUACCUGAGCGACAGAGACACUCGGUACGGCAUCGUGCAGCAGGCGUCGAUCGAGAGCACCGACUCCAGACUGUGCUACUUGACUUCCUCUGAGAUCUCCGACGACGACCGCAUGUCCCUGACCACGGCCGUCUCCGACGACGACGACGGCGAGAGCGCGCACAACUCGCCGUACCGCGCCAAGCAGACGGGCACGGCGGCGGCCUCCUUCAACUGCACGGGGGCCGUGCGGAAAGCGGGCUUCCUGAGCGUCAAGAAGUGGCUGCUGCGGAAGAAGCACCAGAUCGAGCUGGCCCGCAAGCGCGGCUGGAAGGGCUACUGGGUGUGCCUCAAGGGCACCACCCUGCUGUUCUACCCGUGCGACAGUCGCGAGGGCCGCUCGGUCGAGGCGGCGCCCAAGCACCUCAUCAUCGUGGACGGCGCCAUCAUGCAGCCCAUCCCGGAGCACCCCAAGCGCGACUACAUCUUCUGCCUCAGCACCGCCUUCGGGGACGCCUACCUGUUCCAGGCGCCGUGCCAGAUCGAGCUGGAGAACUGGGUCAACAGCAUCCACUCGGCGUGCGCGGCGGCCUUCGCGCGCCACCGCGGCAAGACGGGCACGCUGCACCUGCUGCAGGAGGAGAUCUUCCGCCUGGAGAAGGCCAUCGAGUCGGACCACAAGCUCAAGCACAUGGCGGACCUGCAGCAGUGCGUCGUGUCGGACCCGGAGACGCGCGCCCAGCUCAGCAACCAGAUCAUGCAGUGGGAGGAGAACGUGGAGCGCCUACACUGCGAGCAGUUCCGGCUGCGCUGCUACAUGGCCUCGCUGCAGAACGGCGAGCUGCCCAACCCCAAGAGCUUGCUGACGCACGUCUCCCGCGGCACCAAGACGACCCUCAACAAGCUGGGCGUGUUCACGGUGUCGUCGUUCCACGCCUUCAUCUGCGCGCGGUCGCCGUCGCUGCUCAACAACCUGCUGGCGGGCCGCGGGGCCACCAAGCGGCGCCCGCCCGUGCUGUCCAGGUCCAACUCGGGCUCCUCUCGGCGCUCGCUCCAGGUGGGCUCGCGCGAGGAGAACGAGCGCACGGUGAAGGUGUCGCUGCCGGAGGGCCAGUUCGCGCACGUGUACCUCCGCGAGGGCAUGACAGUGGAGGAGUUCCUCGCCAGCGCGUGCGGCCGCAAGAACCUCAACGCCAUGGAGCACUUCGUGCGCGUCAAGAAGCGCCGCGACAUGGAGGACCACAACUACUUCGUGCCGCACCGCAACGACCCCAUCGAGACCUACCUGCACACGCACGAGGUGGUGGAGGUGUGCGCCAAGAUCCUGUACCAGGUGGAGCUGCAGCGCAAGUCGCUGGACCAGAUGUGGGGCUUCUCGGUGGAGGCGGAGCUGAUGGAGAACGCGGACCGGCAGGACGAGCUGUGCUGCUACGUGUCGCGCGUCGAGGACAAGAGCGUGGCCAUGCACAGCGGCAUCAUCAAGAGCGACGAGAUCAUGGUCAUCAACGGCGCCAUCGUGUCGGACCUGGACAUGAUGUACCUGGAGAGCGUGCUGCAGGAGGAGCAGUCCCUGUGCAUGAUGAUGCGCUCGUCGCGCACCGAGCCGCCCGACCUGGCCACCAUCAUGCGCGCCACCGACGACAUCAUCGACUCGCUCGUGUGCCCGCCGCCGCCCUCCGAGCCGCCCGUCAUCUCCGAAGAGAUGAUCUCGGGCCUCAUCGUGCCCGCGCCCGGAUGGAGCAAAGAAAUGUACUCCCCCGACGGCGACGUGUCCCCGCUGCCGCCAGGGAUGGAGUCCCAGGGCAAGGUGGCGUCACGGGCCAACUCCUUCGAGAUCGAGAAUUUGCUCAAGACCGCCGAGCAGGUGACCGGGUUCUGCCGGUCCCCGGUGGAGGCGCGCAAGUGCAGCCCCACGGGCAGCAUGUCCAUGGCGGCGCAGGCGCACGCGCAGGUGCUGCUGGCCCCCACGGGCAGGAUGCUGACGGACGCGGAGAAGCUGCGCAAGGUGGUGCUGGAGCUGGUGGAGACGGAGCGCACCUACGUCAAGCACCUCAACAACCUGCUGGAGAACUACCUGGAGCCCCUCAAGAAGGAGACGUUCCUGUCUCUGGCGGAGAUCAACGCGCUGUUCGGCAACAUCCAGGAGAUCGUCACCUUCCAGCGUCAGUUCCUCCACAACCUGGACGAGGCCAUCGAGAUGGAGCCGGACUUCCUCAAGUUCGAUCACCCGAACCAAUUCAAGAACGUGCUCUUCUCGGUGGGAAGCGCCUUCCUAUACUACGUGAACCACUUCAAGCUCUACAGCUCCUUCUGCGCGAGCCACAGCAAGGCGCAGAAAGUGCUGCAUCCCAACGAAGGCAACCAGGCGCUGAGGGAGUUCCUGGCGACGCGCAACCCGCGGCAGCAGCACAGCAGCACGCUGGAGUCGUACCUCAUCAAGCCCAUCCAGCGCAUCCUCAAGUACCCGCUGCUGCUGCAGCAGCUGCGGAACCUCACCGACCCCCAGUCGGAGCAGCAUGUGCACCUCGUCGAGGCGCUCAAGGGCAUGGAGAAGGUGGCAGAGCACAUCAACGAGAUGCAGCGCAUCCACGAGGAGUACGGCGCCAUCUUCGACCACCUGUUCCGGCAGCACCAGAAGUCCUGCAAGCAGCCCAUCGACCUGAGCCCCGGCGACCUGCUGUACUACGGCGGCGUCGAGUGGCUCAACAUCUCCGACUUCCUGGGCAAGAUCAAGAAGGGGCUCGAGCUGCACGCCAUGUGCUUCGUGUUCAAGUCGGCCGUCGUGUUCCUGUGCAAGGAGCGCCUGCGGCAGAAGAAGAAACUUAUCGGUGUGUCGAGCAAGGGCAGCUCCAGCGAGGUGGAGAUCAUCCGCUACCAGGUGCUGAUCCCCGUGACGGAGGUGCAGGUCCGGGCCAGCUCGGCCAAGGACAUGGACUCGCACUUCCUGUGGGAACUGAUCCACCUGCGCAGCCAGGUGCAGCGAAGGUCCGAGAAGGUCUACGUCCUGUCCAACAGCACGGCUGAGUUCCGCAACGCCUUCCUGAAGACGAUCCGGCAGAUCAUCCGGGAGAGCGUCCGCAACAUGAGCCUCCCCGCCGUCAAGCCGGGCUCCGGGGACAGCGUCCCCGACGACAAGGGGACCGCCUUGGCAGCGGGUCUGAGGACGGCGAAGGCGGUUUCGGGAGCGGCCUGCGCGUCCGGGGCGCUGAUCCUGGCGGGAUCUCAGACGCUGGGGAAGACGAAGAGGGGCGGCAAGAACGCGCAGAGGCACUCGGCGGGCAACAUCGACCUGGACAGCGUGGACUCCGACUCUACUCCUCUGGCCGCGGCGCCGGCCCAGUCCGGCCAGUUUCGGGGGCGGAGCAAGACAGUGAGCGACGCCCACGAGGAGCACCACCCCGGCGAUAGGGGCAAGGGGGAGGGGGACGUCGGCACCAAGUCGGAGGGCGAGGACGAGCUGCACGCGGUGGCGCCGGCGGCAGCGGCCGCGGCCAAGGGCAAGGCGGGCACGCUGGGACGCACGCCCAACCACCUGACGCUCAGCACCACCUCCACGCUCUCGGCGGGCUCCACGGGGUCGCAGGCGCGCCUCAUCCAGUCCUCGCAGCACCCUGAGAACUACCAGCCGCCGCUCGUCAAGGACCUGGGUUCGCCCGUCUGGAAGCCCCGGGACAUGGUGGGCUUCGGCGAGUCCACGACGCUGCCGAGGAAGAGCAAGCCGUCGACGUCGUCGGACGGCGCGCGCGUCGUCUACGAAGAGUUCCCCUCGGCCACACUGCGCAGCACUCGCAGCCACAAGUAGAGGUGCCGACCUCCCGACCCCCUUGGGUCAGAAAGGAAACAAAGAAAACGUGUACAGUGUAAUUUUUCAUUACCAAUUAUGUAAUUUUGAUUACCGGCCCGCCGUGGUUCACCAUUUUACUAAGAGGACGGAGCGGCUGCCCACACUCGCAAUCCAGUGUCGUGGCGCCCGUCAGCAUUACUAUGUAUUAUAAUACUCAUUAUCACGCAGGGGCGGGGCAGCCAUGCCUCCGCACCCAAGUUAUAAUCUCAUUUCAACUUGUUUUAAAUGUAGACUACCCAUCUGCACACUUAUUUAUUUAGGUAUCAGAGUCCUUGGCUCAAAAAAAUGUUGUUUAAAAGACGAAGGGGGAGAAAAAUCUACGGUGCCAGUGUUUUCUGCGGUUGCACAAUCCUAAAACUAAUCUUGGCCAAACUGUACUAUAGAAACACAGUUUUUUUUCUCAUUGCGAUUGGACUCUCUGGUAAUGCGCAGACGGGAGGGAAAGCGUCUACUAUUUUUGAUGACUGCAGAUUUUAUUGUGAAUUUGGCAGCGCUGGCCGGCUGGCCGGCGUACGCGUGGUUCAGGCCGGCGCUGUCAGAUGCAACGUUCGGACCACGAUGUACAUAUACGUAUAAGAGUUUUACCUACUAACCUAGUCUAAGGCUGCCCCGUCUAGGGGCUUCCAUCAACAACGUUUCACAUAGGAGUGGUAUGCGCGGGGGGCCCGUGUUGAAGUCUGUCCGCACUUCAGUGCGCGUUCCUCACGAAGCACCCCGCAAUGUUGCUGUCGUGUGCCCUGUAUCGGUCGCGGCAGCAACUACCUAGCAAUAAGUUUAUAAAUUUAGUCGAGAGUGUGUGAGAGAGAAAGAGAGCGUGUGAAUAUGUGAGAGCGAAUACUUGUCUGUGUGUGUGAUUGUAAGAGUGGGUGAAAAUGCUCGCCUAGUAUACCUCUAGCACUGAGGAGAACAAUGGAGGACCGAUGCUUCUUGUGCCAAACCGAACACAGCGACAACCUCCGCCAUAUUUUGCCUCGGUCUUUCGUUGAAGUCUUCUUAGAUGCUUCCAGUUUCUUUUUCCUCCUAGUAAAACUACGAUAAAGAGGUCGUGUGUCUAUGUGUCUCCUUCGCAGUGUAUGUAUGUGUCUUUUCCGUUUUUCCUCUUCGUUACUUCUGAUGGUUGUGUUUUUGUUUUGUUUCGUUCGAUGUUCACGGACGGGGCGUUUAGCCUGUACGUUUGUGAUAUAACGUCUCUCUCUGAGUCCUUUGCAUUCUUACCUAAGAUUUAUUAUUGUUGGCUUCCCCGUCACAGAAAAGUCCUACACUCUGAGCGGUGUAGCCGCUCGACCAGCUCUCCAGACAAGCUUGUGUGCAAAGAGCUUACGCUGCUGGGCCUAUACCCAAAGGAGAGCUGUCAUGUCAGUUUUGUUUUGUUUUAUUGUUUUGAACCAAUGACCGGGGUAGCCGCCGUUGUGCCACGCGAGCAUGGGCUGUGAACACUUUCUGCUCACAAGAUCAAAGACGUGCCACGCGGUUCUUGUUCCGUUUCGUGCCAAAAGGAUUUGACGGAUGCUUCAGGGCAGUUUCUUCCAGCCGAGCAUGUCUGUCGGUAGAUUCGUUGUCUUGAUUGCUAAAAAUUUUCUUGUUUCGACAGCUGAGUUAAGAGCUAUCAUAUGGCACUGUUUCUGUAACUUAUGAGGUUUCGCGCCCCCUCCACUGAAAAAGGGAAACGUGGGCUCUGUAAAAUCGUCAACCGUUGAGUAUGGGAGAUUUAUAAAUUUACUUUUCUUUCCCUCUUUUUUGGCGGGUAGAUAAAAGUCAUUCAGCUGUGGCCACAGAAACCCGGCUCAUACUCGUUCUCCAACAACGCGAAUGACAGGAAGCUGCAAAACAAGAAAAAUAACCCUGAUCUGUUAUGAAUAGAUCGUCUAUUUGAGUACUAGAUAGGGUAGAUUCUAGAGAAUAUUUUAAUUUCCCCCUGAUAGCAACCACUCUUACACCAAAUGGUUUGACCGCUCAAAUUUGGAACCGAUUCGUUUGGUGGAUGCAAAAAGAAAGAAAAAAGAAAGAAAAUAAAAAAACAUCGUUGAGAUAGAGAGUAUGAGUUGCAAAGGGACAUUAUUUUAUAAUAAUUAUUAAUCUGUAACUAUGAGUGUUUAAGAAAAAAAACAAGGAUAGUAUUUCAGCACUGUUCGAACAGAGCUCUAGUGAUCAGCUAAUUUCUCAGUGUAAUGUAUAUAACUGUGAUUGAUGUACGUGAUUAUACGAAUAUUCGUCUGGUCACCCCUCCAAGUCGAGAGGUGGUCCUUUGGACACAAUCAACGGCCAUGGCGCGCAGUGGUCGAAAACGAAGGUGCUUUCACUCUACUUAAUUUUAACUUAUAUCUUGUUCUAGUCUCAGCCACUGCGCAUCAGAAGCGUUUUUUGAUAUUCAUAAUUUAAGCCCCCAUUGUUAUUUAUUUGUUUUCAUUGUUUCCCGAAUCAAAUUGUGCCCAUUGGAUCCUACCUCGCUACUUGAUACAUUGUAAGGGAAUCAGACAUCGCGACGGUAGGGGGCGGCUGAGGGUUGGAUGGAGGGAAGGGAAUAUGGGUGUCGCGGUGUCAGAAAGCAGUGUGGCUGAAGCUGCUUCUGCCAAAGUGGAUCACUGCAUCUCUCUCUGGCACCGCUAAGAACGGAAUCAAAAGCAAGUUGAUCGGAGCUCUGUGGAGGAGAGGAUCGCAGUGUCGCGAAGAGUUUUGCUCUUUCAGUUUCUAGUCGUGUCAUGGACAAAGUACUUAACGUUCCGGUACGCGCUUCACUCUGUGAAUCCCUGUACCCCUAGAGACUGCCACGUUGCAAAUAGUGUUUUGUUAAUUUUGAGCGUGUUCCAAGGAGCGAUUGAAUGUUAAUUUGGAGGGCCAAUUUCGAAAGGAGGGUGCGAUUCCACCACAUAGAUAAUUCGCCGCUUCCAUCUCAAAUUUUUGCAUGAUUUAAAGAUAUCCUGUUAGUAGAGAUAUAAGCAUUUAGACUGACUCCAGCUGCUGUGUGGUGCGGGUACCCGUACCAAAAAGAGCCCGCGUCAGUUACUAGUUAUUUCAACUCGAGUGAGUGUCUUUCAUUCUCUUAAAAUGUGCACUACAUGUAUUAGCUGUACAACAAGUACAAAAAUUAUCAAAUUCGCGAUAUUAGUUAUUGAGUAACGUGUCGGUUCGAUGGCCGAGGUGCGGCACGUCGAAAGCGGCUUUUAAAAUUCACGAACGUCAUCCUGUUCGUUUUGUAUAUAAGCCGGAUGAGGACAAUUUUUCUAACAAAAUUGAGAAAGAGCGAGAUGGACAUGGCGUGGGCUCCGCUUGCUCGCCCUGGUCCCAUCGACAAAGAAGGAACGUGUGCCAAGCGAGUACCAAAACAAACAAAUAUUUCUUUCUCGAGGCGACCAGGCCCCAAGCCGACGAAGCGUCUUGGUUCUUGUUGAUGAAUGUUUGUGUCGUUAAAGAAAAAUUAUGGAUUCAGUUGUGUAUUUCUGUUUAACUACAUAUUUAAAAAUGCUCAUAUUAAAAGAAUGUUACAACAAGUG